UGACUCAUCCCCGCGUAUGAACUCCUCUGCUUGGCUGACUCGGAGACAGGAGCGUUUAAAACCAAGCGAGACUUGAACUUAAAGGACCCUGGAGACAUGACCAAGGAGACUGAGACCCUGGGACUGGUCUUUCAGAACGAGAACUUCAGCUUCAACCCCUACGGCAACUACUUUAUGGAAUCCUGGUCCUACCUGGACAACUCUGUCCUUGAGCAGAACCCCCCCAAACCCAGACUCCACCCAGGAGACAACCUCGCAGCUUUAACAAUGCUCCAAGAGCACUGCAGGAACCAGAAGGAGCAGAAAACAAUCACGUUCAACUGUAACGCCAAACCAGAGAGGACUCUCACCAGCACCAGCGAUCUGGUCUCAUUGGAGACCAACGCGAACGCCAUGAAGAUCUACACCGACGGCAUUCCCACUUCCCAGGAAGUCCUGGUGCCCAAGCCCAUCACCUCCCUCCCCAUUUCUGCUCCCACCACCUCAGACACGUACGCCACCCUGACCAGCGUCGUGGCCGACACGUACGACAAGCAGGAGUUCAGCCACAUCUUCGAUGUCCUGAUGCAGGGCGGUGCGUUCACUGACUCAAACACGGAUACUCUUCCGUACAGCGACCCGUUCCCUGAAAGCAACUCCAGCCCAGUUUACUCCGGCUCCUACGCCAGCUCCCCACCAGAGAGGCUCAGGAACGAGUUCCAGUUCUCUCUGGGAUCUCCAGCAGCUUCCUCUCACAAGUCCAGCGACCUGCCGAUGGUGUACCUGAACAAGGGCCAGUUCUACCCCAUCACUCUGCAGGGAGUGGACAGCACCGCCUGCCUCGCUGCCACCAAAGUCAAGACGGUGAUCAUGGCUGUGUUUGAGAAUGACAAGAGCCCAGAAAUGCAGCUUCGCUUCUGGAAUCACUGGCACGCACGCCAGCCAACCGUCAAACAGAGGGUCAUCGACAUCGCCGACUACAAGGAAGUGUUCAGCGGCAUCAGCAAUGUGGAAGAAGUGGCCUUCAACGCUCUCUCGUUCGUGUGGAACCCCCUCGAAGAAGCCAAGGUUUAUAUUGGGAUAAACUCCCUGAGCACAGACUUCUCCGCUCAGAAAGGGGUGAAAGGUCUUCCUCUCAACCUGCAGAUUGACACUUAUGACUUCAGCUCGGGGAACAACCAGCUCCUGCACAGAGCUGCCUGCCAGAUCAAGAUUUUCUGCGAUAAGGGUGCAGAGAGGAAGAUGCGAGACGAGGAGAGGAAGAGGUCCAAGAGGAGGGUGAAGAACAGUAAUGAUGCAAACACUAACAAAUCGAUAAUGAGCGGCUCCGUUGGUACCGAGUGCACCUACUUCAAGAAUCUGGACGACCACAUCACCCAGCCUGUUUUCUUCAUCCCUGAAGCACAUUACUCCACCUUACAGCGAAUGACUUCCUCACUGGAUGACGCAGACAGGAGUUCUCUGAAGAGGUUGUAUCCAGACAGAGAUCAGAGCAGCUCUCCUCCCAACAAACAAGCUCGCAAAGAAGACCCACAAAGAGUUCUCCUGUACGUGAGGGCGGCCACAGAGGAGGUGUUCGACGCACUCAUGCUCAGCUCGCCAACAGUUUCAGGUCUACGGGAUGCUAUUUCCGAAAAGUACGGUUUGCAAAAAGACACCAUUGGAAGAAUCUACAAAAAGUGCAAGCGAGGGAUAUUCGUCAACAUGGACGACAACAUCAUCGAACACUACAGUAACCAGUCGGCGUUCCUCAUUGAGAUGCCGGAGGUAGUCCCCGGUCAGUUCCAGGUCACUCUCGUUGAAGUAUGAAGACAGACGUAUUUGAAGGAUGAACAUGACUGGUCUGUGUAACUGUCCUGCCUCGGAACCAGCACUAAUGCCGCUGCGACCAUCAGAUUUGCUGCAGACAAAACAGAUUCUGAAAGUUUUGUAAAUCUCAUUUGGUCUAAUUUUUUUUGAUGACUUUUUAAAUAUUAUUAUUUGAUUGCUGCGUCAUUUGUACAUAUUUGUAAAUAGAUUUUAAUAUUACAUUGUUUCUACCAUUUUUGUGUAUGAAUUUCAAUUUGUAUUUUCAGAGCUUCGUGCAACUUUUAUAGCAUUUCUUUUCAGUCCCUCCUGCUGCUUUCAGUGUGCUCACCAGUUUCUUUUCAAGUGUCCUGCUGCGUUUGCUUCAGCUAAAGCGUCUUUCUGUUGGUUCCAGUUAGUUUCCAAGUUUAAUCGCCCAUUGUCAGGUUGAAUUCAGAACGUAAAACGUCAAACAUUUCCACCCAUAAAACCACAAAAAGAAUUAGUAUUGGCCAUUUUUGUUAGCCCAAAUCUUCUGACAUUUCCCGCCUGGAUGGUGUAACCACAUGGAAAUUUGGUUUUUAGAAAUUUUAUUUCCUUUUACCUAAUGCAUCAUUUCAAAGCAUUCACAUAUUUCAUUUUUACAAGCCUGUUUGUUACAAAAUGCCCCUUUUUUUUUUACAAAAAUAAACAUUGUUGCUCAUGUGA